AUGCUUACAAGUGAUGCUGGAAAAUUUUAUUUAAAAGUGGAAAAAGGCCGAAAGCCACGUGUGCAACUAUUUGAAGAAUUACGUAAUGCACAGAUAACAAUACCAUAUGAUCAAACAACUAAAUGGCCACCAAUACGUGUACAAAUGAGUGGUGGUAUAACAAUUAUUGUUCAACGUUUAGAGCAACAAUAUAAAAUUACUGUUCAACAUAUAAUGGAACGUAAACCAGAUAUAUGUGUUUAUGUUAAUUCUCUAAUACAUGAACGUGAUAUACGAACGUGUGUACGUGAUAUAAAUACGCAGCUAAAUCACGUAGGUGUAGCGGGUCCUAAUCUUGAGGUAACCGGUCGUAUUAAAGCUAUCAAAGUAACAUUUGAAUCAACAGUUGGUGCAUUACAUACCAAUUCAAAAUUAUCUGCUCGAAGUAUUAUCCUUAAAGCUCAACAUAUUUUUAUUAAACCGGAAGCUUUGUUUACAUGUUCAAAAUUACGGAUGAUAUCACGGCGUGUUCAAAUUGAUGGACGAAUUUGUUGCUCUGAUCAAAUGCCAUCAAAAAUGUCUGUUUUUAUUGAUUCUGCUUUAUUACAUAUUGGCAUUGAUGGCACAAUUGGUACGACACGGUCAUCUACUGAUAAAACUAUGUCUAGGAUACCGGAAAAUGUUGUAAAUGUGCUUCAUUUCCGUUUAACCGGUUGUUUGGCUAAUUUUGGAUCAAUUGUUUCGCAAAAUGAAAUGGAAUUUCAUAUUGAUGGAAGUAUUUUAUCAUUACAGGAUAGUCGGAUUGAUAGUGCUUCCAGAGGGUAUACAGCCUUAAAACAAAUCAAAGGUAUUAGCAGUGAAACAUCUGAUUCAUUACCAACCAGUAGCACUCUUAGUUCAGCAAUUUUGUUUGAAAAACCGGAUACUGUUGCUCAAUUACUGGAAGAUGGUGUUGAUUUAAAUGAUUCUAUUAAGGUAAAUAAUAUGGAUGAUGAUGAUACGCCAAGAAAAAUAGCUAUUAGAAAAUAUAAAGCUGUUCAAGCAACAGAAAGACGUAAUAAAUUGCGUGAAAAGAUAACAUUAAUCCAAGCUCUUAUCAGUACGCAUGAUUGGAAACGUGGAAUUAUCACUUCGAAUUGUAUUAAUGCUAAGAUUGGACGAGAUUGUGCUGAUUGUGCACAGUUUCGAAGUGGUACACUGUCGUUGACAGUUUAUGGAAAUGCAAAAUGUGAGGCAAAAUCAAUUUGGUCAGGUGGUUCAGUUACAGUAACAGUAGGACAUGAUUUAGUAAUUGAAGGACAAGUAAAGCAUGUUAAUUUGGAUGUGUCAUGUGGUGGUAAUAUGGCCACAACUGAAGAAGCAAUUAUUAGCCAAGAGCAAUGGGUUAAGAUAGUUUCUACCGCUUUUUGUGUUGCCGGAAUUUGGUCAGUGGGUGAGCAAUUUGGUUUAGAUGUUAAAUCGGCUACAUUUUUGGAGGAAUCAUACAUAGAAGCUGAUUAUUUUGAAGGAACAAUUGAUAAAUGUUGUUACAAUUCCGGAACUUGGCAAACUCGUUUUAUAUCAUUGGUAAUUCAUGGUGAUUUGUUUACUUUGCAUACUGGAAAGGUAUUUGUUGAGGAAACAACAAUUAUUGAAGCAUUAUCAUUCAAUAAUUGUGGCAUCUGGAAAAUUAAAGAAGCAAUGAAAAUUAUACUUAAAAGAUCAGCAAAUUUUUAUGCUUCAUCAAAAUUUAGCGCUAAUUUAUUAAAAGUAAUAGCCGAAGGUCAAUGUACCAUUGCUGGACAUUUAUCAUUGGAAAAUUUAUUAGCAUAUGUACGUAAUGAUAUGAUAACAGCACCUGGUUCACGAAUUAAUAUCACAAUCGGUGCAACUAUUGCAGUAGGAACAUUUCGAAAUGAUUCAUCAUGGUAUUUUGAUGGAAAUUUACAUUUGCAUGUUGCAUGUUUCGAGCAAUCAGAAGAUGCAAUUAUUUUUGUGAAAGAUACAUUUACAAUGGCAAUUUAUGAUCGAUCAGAAGAAUGUUGCAAUGGACGAAUUGUUGCUAAUUAUUUAAUUAUGAAUUUAGCAAAACGAUUUCGUUUUGAUGGUUAUAUUCGAGUGAAUCAAAUUGAAAUUUGCUUACCACAUGUUAACGAAUCAAGGCUAACAAUUGGUGGUCAACUUGAAAUACUCGAUGGUCCAUUAAUUAUGAAAGGACGAAGUUGUGAUAAUACUGAAAUUUCCUCAUUUUCAUCAUCACCAUCAUCAUCAUCAUCAUCGUCAUCAAUUAUAUCAACAAUUGUAACACAUUCAUUUCCGGCAUUUAUUCUGGAAGGACAAUUAAAAGCGGAAGCUGUUAUCGCACCUUUUUUAGCAAUUCUUUUCUCAACAUCAUCCUAUUCACUGCUUUCUGGAAUGGAUUCAAUAGCAAAAAAUGCACCAUAUCGUACUCUAAUAUCAUGUAAUUCAUUACAUACACAACGUACUUCAUUAAUUGAUUCCGUUCCUGAAGUUUUCUUUCCGGAAGCUAUCUUAUGUGCUACAACAUGGCUACAUGAAGGACAAAUUCGAUUUAAUGGUGAAAAAGUAUACAUUAUCACUGAUAGUUUAAUCAAUCGUGGUCGACUAACCAGUGAUAAUAAAUUACAAAACCAUAUGCGUGAAGUAACUGUAAUGAUUGAGAAUUUCUUUCAAAAUGAUUCUGUCUUCUCGGCUGAUCGUAUUGAAAUUUAUGGAAAUGGUAUGUUACAAAAUACAAAUCGUAUCUUUGCAAACGAUGAAAUGAAUAUACGAUUGGCAAAUUUUUGUAGCAAAUUUGGACAAACACAAUUAGAAAAUACUCAAUUAAAAUUGCUAACAGCAAGUAAUGAAUGUAUUCAUUUUGGAACACAUAGUCAAACUCGUGGAAAUUCUGACAAUAAAACAUCAAAAGUUUGUGUGGCAUUAAAUCGAUAUGAAUGUGAUCGACAGAUUCGAAUAAAUGCUCGAUCUCGAUUACUCAUUGAUAAUGAUAUUAUUGAUGGUGAUAGUAAUGUCAUAUUGACAGCUCGAGAUUCAAUUUUGUUCAAAUCUCGUAUAAUUGUGGAUUUAAUCGAAAUAACACUUGGUGCAGCUUAUAUUACAGAAUUUGUGAUAAAAAAGAAUGCAUCAGUAACAACUAAUCAAUUACGAAUUACUGGAAGUUGCAAAUAUCUUACAAUAAUUAUUGAUGGUGAAUUAACAUGUGAAUCAAUGAUUAUUGAUGCAAAAAUUCGACAAGUUAAAGUGCUUGGAAAUGGUAUAUUGUCUUGUCGGAAAUCAAUGAACAUAGGUGGUGAUUCGAUCACUUUAAUGAUACGUGAUAUUCGUAUAACGGAACUAUUAGGUUCACUGAUAACGAUUACUUCAAAUGGUGCACUUAGCUUAUCACCAUUUGAUACACAUUCAAAAACAGUAUCUAUUUAUGCUGAUAAUUGCUAUUUGCAAGGACGAAUAUUCGUCGAACAUAAAAUUGUUUUAAAAAUUAACGAUGGAUCAUGUCAUAUCAGUGGUGAAAUUUUGGGAAUAUGCGCAAAUAGUGAAUUAUCAUUGGAAUGUGAUAAUUUAAUCUUAACCGGAACAGUGGCAAAUAUAGAUUUUCUAGAAAGUUAUACACGCAAAAAAAUUGAACAUUAUGAAACAGGAAUGAUUAAAAGUGUGAAAAAUAUUGUAUUUGAAGCAGAGUUCAUUUCGUUAGAUGGUAAAAUUAUGGAUUCGGAAUCCGUAAUUGCUACUGGUGAAGAAGUGAACAUUGAAGGAAUGCUUCAGAAUCAGGAUGGUACACAUGCUGCUUAUUCAAUAUUUAGCAAAAAAAUUCUUUUUGAUGGAGAGAUAUGUGGUCCGGCACGAUUGGAAUUAAGCGGAUCAGAAAUCACUUUUUCUGGAGUAUCAAACAAUUUGAAGUUUCUUGAUAUUGAUGCAAAUUUAGCUACCAUUGCACCAAUGAAACUGAAAUGUGAAAAUUUCAAUUUUAUCGCUUAUUCUGCAAUUUUAGAUGGUAAUUUAAAUGCUGAAAUAUUCUGGGUAACUGUACAGGUAGCUUUAUUUAUUCGAACCGACUUAACCGGUUGUGCACAGUGCAAACUUGUUGCUCCAUUAAUUCUUGCUCUAAACUGUCCGAUGUCAUCAAAAAUGGAUAUUUCCUCCAUUAUUUAUGCUUUUGAACGGUUUGAAUUAUUAGAACCCAAAAAUCUGGAAUUAUUUGAUUCAAAACAUCGAUUUACAUCGAUAUCUGAUUGUUCCAUCAUCAAUAACAAUGCUAGAAUCACAAAUUCUGAACAAUCUUCUGAAAAUCAAAUGCGAUCAAUUGGUAUUUCUCUACCAACGACAAAUUCUCUCUAUUUGACACUUUUGAAACUUUUAAAUGAAAUACACAUUGAGCAUCAAUUAAUGCACAACUUUACUAAAUUAUUUAAUCUGAUGUGUAGUAUUGCUGAUAUUAAUGAUGACAGUGAAACGAAAAAUUCUGCAAUUUUUAUCGAAGAACGAGAAAGAUUCGAAUCACAAGCGUUAUACGACAUUGCUAAUCGUUUUCGCAUUCGAUCACGUAAAUUUGGAUUACAACGAAAUGAAAAUCAUUCGGCUGAUGAUGACAUCGGCUAUGUGAGUCGUAGUUCCAGCGAAGAAAUUGAUGAAAAGCGUCGAAAUAUCGAUGAUUUACAGGAUUUGCUUUACUGUACAAAUUUGGAUAAUGAAUCGCUUACAUCAAUGUCAAAAGUGACAAUUAGUGAUGGAGAUGAUUGUAUGGAUAAAGAUACAAUAACAGAUGACGAAUUACGCAAUAAUGAAACGUUGAAUGAUGAAAUACGUAGAAGUGAAAAAGACAAAAGUAACUCUAAUACAACGUAUGUUUUGAACGGUGAACAACGAGUACAAAUCGGUUACAUUGAUUUCAAUCGAUUAGAUGUUGUGAUCACAAAACCGGAAUUCUUGACUCGCCGAAAAAUUCCCUCCGGUAUCGAUUUGGCCUUCAAGAAAAUACAGUUAAAAGCAACUUUGCCAACGUUAGAAUUACAUUCAUUCGGUAGCGAAUCAUCAUUGGCGUCAUUUGACGAAAAAGCGCUAAUGUAUUCCAUUCCUACGCCAGUGAAACGAUCACUUAUACCACGUGCUGCUAUUUCAACGUACGGUAAUGGUACCAUAAGAAGAUCACGUACAUUUAUUAAUUAUAAUACAUGA